AUGUUUAAACUCGAGGGGUUAGGGCCGAAAAUGGACCCAGAGGAAAUGAAGAUGAAGAUGCGACAGGACGUCAUCUCGUCCGUGCGCAAUUUCCUAAUCUAUAUUGCCAUUCUCAGAGCCAGUAAGUAUCGGCCUUCGCAUUCCUCUCGGGGUGCACAUAUUAUCUCACAAUAUAUUGUGUAAUGCAUGUGUCACUCACCUGGUCAGUGCUCAGACCAGAGAAUGUACACAGAACCAAUGACAUCGCUAGACAUGACCCUCCACAGAUCAUCCAGCAGGUAGUGACCCCUAAAAAGGUUUCCGCUCUUUUGACCGGCAGCCUACUAUGCAUGAAAAUGAAUGGGCAUUAAUCUAGAUAGCAUCCCCAGGGUCUUCGAUAGCACGUUUGACUGAAAACAAUGCCUCAAUCAAAAGUUAACUUUUAUGUAUAAUUUACUCUGUAAAUGUUACAAAAUGUUGUUUUACUACUGCUUUGCCCCCACAGCUCCAUAUAUCUUGAAGAAGUUGGAUAGCAUUUGAGACCAUCUACCGCUCCAGUAUUCCCACACUCAGUUUACUGCAACAAGCACUAUGGACAUAACGAUGACAGGGGAACAGCGAGCUAAACACCAUCAUAUGGAUCCUAUAUGGAAUACUUAUUUAUAGGCUACAAUGAAGACAUUGCGUUGUGUCCCCCAAAGCACUUGAACACUAAGUAGUUGUAAUUUGUAGUUAUCAAGAUGUCCUCUGUUUUUGUUUAUGGUUAGUGCUCAGUAACAGAAAAACUGAGUAUUUCUGUAUGUAAUAAAGCCCUUUUGUGGGGAAAAACUCAUUCUGAUUGGCUGGACCAGGCUCCCCAGUGGGUGGACCUGGCUCCCAAGUGGGUGGGCCUAUGACUGAUUUCCUUCAGUUAAGUGUAACUCAGUAAAAUCUUUGAAAUUGUUGCAUGUUGCGUUUACAUUUUUGUUCCGUAUUGUACGGAAGUAAAGCAGUCAUCCAUUACCUGAAUAUCCCACAUGGGGGCGCUCUUGUCCUAUUUUUGAGGAGUACAUCAGCAUUCUGAUCAUAAAGUUGACGAUUUCAAAUGCUUUUUUUUUUACUUUAUUCAGAUAAUGUUGCAUAAUAUUGUCUGAUAUAUUAAUAAUGAUUGACGGGUGGGAUGCAUGCACGAAUGAACAGCGUACCAGUUUAAGCCAGUAAACCAGCCAGACGGCGAGACGAGACCACGAAUUCCCCCUUCCACUGAGAUUAGACCGGUUUCCACUAGAUAGCACAGCCACAAAGUCAUCAUUGGCUAUAUUGUAAAAAUUCAUAAAAACAAAAAAUAGCUUUUUGGUCUUAAUUUAAGGUUAGGGUUAGGGUUAGGCAUACGGUUAGCAGUGUGGUUAGGGUUAAGGUUAGUGUUAGGUUUUAAGGGUAACUCUCAACCUCAAUUUCAGCCUUUGCCCAACCCCUUCAAAUAAAAAUAAAAAAUGCAUUCAAGUGAGAAGUUGUGGGUGGGAGGGAAUUACUCAUAAAUAUUCAUUUUGGGAGUGGGUAAACGUAGUUUAAAGUUUACCAGAAGUCCACCGCCACGCUCUGAUAAUAAAAUGAUGUGCAUCAUGAGCAAAUACGGCUCUGGACAGUUAGGUUAGUUUACAGUGGUAAAAUGCAGAGUUCCUGACGUCUAUUACCACUGUAAAUUCGAAUACCCCACGGGUUGCAAAAAAAUCUCACAUUUACUGCGGUAUUGUGAUAGGAAGAAAAGUGCAAUCAUCACCUUAAAAAUGAAGAUUGGGUGCAUUGCAGUGUUUACGCAGUAGCUCUUUUUCCAAUGGUCAAAUUAACUCACAGAUUGGUCUUGAGUUCUGUAUAGAAACCUACAACUACUACCAGGCGACUCAUCUCACAGGUAUGCUUUCACUUUUCAGAAUUAGAAGUGUGUAGGCACAGGAUGAAUAUUGUAAAUAAAGGAUUUGAGAGAAAAUAAUAAUAUUCGCCAAAUGUGGGAUUAGAAUUCACAACCAUUGAGCCAACUGUUUCAAAGACUGCGCCACCAAUCAGUAGUAGCUGGUGGAAAAUAUAGAGUUGAAAUCACCAUUAUUGUAAUCUUGCGUUUGCGAUGGAUGUAGCUAUGAAUAUGAAUGCAUAAUCCUCAUAACCUACAUGUUUUUUUCUUCUUCGUAAAAGCAUAGAAGUGUCGGAAACUGUAAGCAAAAACGUUGAAUUUGGUCAUAUGAGGAAAUGUGCUUAACUGCCUUUGAAUUUUGUGUAAUGUCAGUAGUCUAGUCAAGGAAGCAUCAUGCAAAAUACAGUAUAUUGGCACGCUUCCUUACCAAGACCAUUACCAGGUAAGGCCUACUGUCAUGCUUUCAGUGCUUGACUUGGACUGAAAUAGGUGCAGGUACUGUUUACAUUUAGGUGCAGGAGCUCCACAAUACUUUUGAGCUAAUAUUCUUUAAGAGGAACAGGAGCCCAAGCAGUACAACAUGUGUGGUGCUGGUACUCAGCUCUGGUGAGCACCGGCCAAAGUCAAGCACUGCCUGCUUUUAUAGUAAACCUUGAGGUGGUACCAUGCAGCACACAGAUACCCAGCAGAUCUAGAAGGGAGUGUAUUUCAUGCCGAACCCUUCCCUUGAGUUGACGUAGAGGCACCUGUACGUCACGAUUUCAAUGGUAGAGUUGAACCACUAGGGGCACAAAGAGCUAGAUUUACAACAAAAAGACCAACAUAUAUCACUUUUGCAACGAACUGUCGAAAUGAAGACCAUAAUUGACGUGUUUCACUAUAAUUAAGCCUUAAACAUCUGGUUUUCGAUUAUUCAUUUUUUUUUUCUUCAUGAAAGUUACUCUUUAAAGUCACAUUUUAAGAAGAUUAAUUGUAGAAAUGGGCAGGGUUUAUGACUUUGUAGCUGUGGUAACUAGUGACGACCGAUGAGACCCCGCGUCCUUCCGUGUUUUUGUUAAGAUUAUAUGUUUGGGCCCGCCCCCUCCCUGCUUACUGCCGUGACCCUACACAUCUUCUGUAGGCUAAAGACUAUUUUCAGGUAAAGUAAACCAAAUGUAGUUUUUUUAGCGUUGCCUGGUUUGUUACAAUUUGGGUAGCUCGCUAGGUAGUGAAUGUAGCUAACUGAGCCAUCUUCAUUCAUUCAGCGAAUGAUACAAACGUAAAAGGAGGGCGGUACUGAACGAGCGCGAGCCAGAUUCCGUUAUCUAUAUUCCAGGCACGAGCAUGGGGACACUGCAAGAUGAUAUGCCGGUUUAAUUCUGUUUUUUAUACAAUUAGUAACUAAUAUUUGCAAGGAUAAAAGUGAUCUACAGUGUCAGACCUUUAGACCAGUCAAAUUAGUCCAUAGACAUUACAUUUGCAUCAUAGUUUUUGUUACUAGCAUUUAAUCUAUUGUAUGGAAACUGGCCUGGGUGUAGUGCAUUGAAUGAUCAGAAAUUAAAUCAGUUCACUGACUCUUUUGUCAGCUUGAUUACUCAGUUUGACGAUUCCUCAUAUUCAUCCUCAGGCAGAGAUGGACUUCCCGGGUCACUUUGAGCACAUCUUCCAGCAGCUGAACCACCAGCGUGUCAGUGGUCAGCUCUGUGACUGUGUGAUUGUGGUGGGGGGCCAACAGUUCAGGGCCCACCGCUCUGUCUUGGCAGCCUGCAGUACACACUUCAGGGCCCUUCUGAAUGCAGUGGAGGGGGAUGGCGGAGGAGCCAGUGUGAUGGAGCUGGACCUAGAGGUGGUGACUCCUGAGGCUUUCGCCGCCCUGCUGGACAUGAUCUACACCUCCACUCUCACUCUGGGGGCCUCCAACGUAAUGGACGUGCUCCUGGCUGCCUCCCACCUGCACCUCAACACUGUGGUCAAGGCCUGCAAGCACCACCUCACCUCCCGCAGCUUCCCCACAUCGCCCCCGCGUGGUUGGAGGUCGCCAGUGCAGCAGCAGCGGUUCAGCCAUGCAGUGGACCAGCAGCACCUGAGGCAGUCUCCAUCCCAGGCAGAAGCCAUGGCUGGGGUCAACUCCAGGCAGCAGAGAUCUGUCCUGCUCCAGCAGCUGGGGCUCAGCCUGGUCACAUCUGCCCUGGAAGGUAGCCUCGACGUUGGCGAGACUGUGUUGAAUGCUAGCCAGGCUGGAGGCAGGGACGGAGGGGUUGGAGCGGGUGGAAGCAUGGAGCAACUGGCAGCUUUCUCUGGUCGGCGUCACCACAAACGCAAGAGCUCUUCUCCCCAAGUGUUUCAGGAGGAGAGGCUGAACAGCAAGCAGAGUGGGUGCAGGCUGUCUGAGGGGAAUCACAGGGAGGGCUACCCAAGGGUGUCCAGGAGUAAUGGGGGGGAGGAGCUUCCCUCCCCUGACUCCCUAAAGACAGACGAGUGCCUCUGCCUGGAGAGGGAAGAUGCAGAGAAGCAGGAGGAGAAGUAUGAAGGGACUUUACAAGAAGAGGUACAGCUGCCUAGCCAAUCAGAUAGUAGCAUGGGAGGGACACGGGAGGAUGGGGGAGAGGAUCACACAGAGGGUUCUCUGGUGGAUGGAGGGAUUGUGUUUAAAGUGAAAGUGGGAGAAGAAGAGGAGGAUCAGAAGAUGGAUGUAGUUGUGAAGAGUGAGCAGGUGAACUCCUCCUAUCCAGACACACCAGGUGUGUCCAGUGAUCCUCCAUUCCCAUCCGAGGACACUGGUGAUCAUCAGGAUGAGCCAGCAAAUGAUGAGAAAGACAUACUCAGCCCGAAGGGAAAUGACCCAAGCUCAUCCAACCCCCAAUCUACCUCCAAUCCACAGAGAGCGACACACCCACUCCAAGACAACACGGAUGGAGGAGAUUGGUUGUCUGAUAAUGAGGGCCUAGACAGCAACCAAGACCUGGGCCUUUCCUGCAUUCUCAACCCCAGGAGUCAGCUUGAGGCGUUAGGAGAGGACAGUCUCCUUAACACCACCAUCAGUGAAGCUCAGGCAGAAAGCAAUGAGGCUGUUAGGUCACUUCAAAACUCAGAGGCAACAAACACCUCCUCUUCCUCUGCUUCCUCUUCCUCCCUUAUGUUCCCAGUAACCUCUGUCCCCUUCCAGCAGCUCCUCAGCAGUGAGGGGCACAGUUUCAGUGAUGGAUUCAUCCUCCAGCCCACCCAGAAUCAGGACGUUCUGGGGGGCUUCUUGAGGGGCGUCAGGCCAGAUGUAGGCACCUUGGGCAGCCUCAGUCUGAGCACGUCCCACUCCCGAUCAUUCAGGGCUGAGAUGACCGGAGUUGGGGGUAGCUUAGGGCCGCCAUCUUACCGUCGCAUCGCCCCAAAAGUGAACCCCAACUCUGAGGGCCAGAUAGACGGAUCCCAGGAUGCUUCCUCCUCCUCCGGUCCAGCAGGGGGGGAUACUGCUCCUCGUCCUGCCCUCACCAGAGCAUCAGAGGAUGUCCUUUCAAAGUGUAAGAAGGCCCUGACGGAGCACAAUGUCCUGGUAGUGGAGGGGGCGAGGAAAUACGCCUGCCGGAUCUGCUGUAAGACCUUCCUGAACCUGACUGACUGUAAGAAACACAUCAGGGUCCACACAGGAGAGAAGCCCUACGCCUGCCUCAAGUGUGGCAAACGCUUCAGUCAGUCGUCCCAUUUGUACAAACAUUCUAAGACCACCUGUCUACGCUGGAAGAUCAGCCACCUGCCUGCCACGCUGCUCUGA